AUGAAGCGCGUUGUGCUGCCCAGUCCCGAUCCCGAGACCGCUCGCCGGCCAGAACCCUCAGCCAUAGAACAAUCUUCAGCCCAGUCUCAGGCGCCGCAGACAGAGUUAACCAAGAAAAAUGCUGGAUUCUCGCCAGAAGUAAAGGAUAUUCUCCUAUCUUCCCUCAAGACUGGCGGUACUGUUGGUGCAUGUGGCUUGUUUGUGGGAGCUGCAGCCGGCAUCAUUCGGUCGGCACCUCCUGUCUUCUUCUCCCUCAUCUCCGGAGUCCAAUGGUUUACCCUGGGAACUAGUUUCACUGCGGCCCGGGCGGUAACCCUGACCCAGCUUGCGCACGAUGAGGAUUGCAGUCCAAGAGACAAAGUCAUAGCCAGCAGUAUAGGAGGUGGUGUUGCAGGAACACUGGGCGGCAUGCUGAGGGGGCCACGAAAUAUCCUACCUGGAGCUCUAGUCUUCACAAUGCUGGGCGCGGGUGGCCAGGUCGUUGACAACUGGCGGAUUGCUAGGAGAGCCAAGUCACCCCCUUCAUCAGAAAAGGGCGGCUUUUGGUCGAAAUGGAGUCCCAUUACCUGGCUGUCAGACCAGGAGUAUGAGAAAAUCCUCGAGGAGAGGAUUCUCCGGAUAGAUGCUGAUAUCGCUCUCAUUGACGACCGCAUCAAAGAACUCCGCGAGUCCGAAAAGAAGGAAAAGGAGAACGCUGGAGCUAGCACCCCAACUGAAGCUCAAAGUAAGUGA